AUGACGAUGAUAGGGCAGCCUGCGGUCGACGCGAAUCGCGAUUUUCCGAACCUUGUGGAGGAGUACCAGGGUCUUUCGCAAUUCGACAAUGACGACGCGGAAUCUUGCCGAACCAUAUCCCCGACGGAAGAGCACAACAACCAGCUGCAGCCCGUGCUGGAGGAGGACGAGGAGCAGGAGGACGACGUCCAGACCGAAGUUCCGGCCUCGGAAGUCGGGGCGGAUCACUACUACCGGACUUCCAAUGGCCAGCAGCAGCUGCACAACAACGGGGCGUCGAGCUCUUCUGCUUGCAAUUCCGGGGCGGAGAACAACCACCCGUUGACUGCGUAUUUCAGUCACAGCUCGUCGAACCAGCAGAGCAAAAACAGCAUCGGCCAGAUCGCGGAGGAGGACGACGAGAAGACGGUCGUGCUGCACGACCAAUUGUCGCCCGAUCGGUUGAGCCCGGUGAUGGAAAAACACUUCGAGGCACAGCUGUUGAACAAGGAAAAGACCGUGCGGGUGAGCGGAACAACAGGUGGGGUUGUUUCGAGUUCUAGUUCGCAACACCCUAGGUUUACAGCGGCGCCCCCGGGCGGCAAUACUUCGGCAGGCACAGCGGGGAAUGUUGGGGUCUAUCUCCCCCCGGUGGUGCAAGUGGCCACAUCGGCGUCGUCUUCGAAUAAUAUUAACUUCGCGAGUUCUACUUCGGGCGCAUUACCAGCCGGUGGCAGGCUUGUGACCGGAGAUCAGGUUUGUUUGGUUUUUUUAUUGCAUGAAACCCUUGGCAGCUUGAUUGUUGCGAUGAUAUGGUUCUUGUCGUUUUGGAGUUCUGUUCUUGGUGUUUUAUGGAAGCGUUUUCUUGUCAUCAAAAAUGGACUUAGGUUCCGAACCCGAUUCGCAUCACUGCUCCGGGAACGGUCGCCACCACUACACGAAAGAGUGCGUAUGCCGCUCCAGUGAACUUUUCCACGUACUGUGCUGUGAUGCUUUUCUUGAAGGCGUGUCAGGAGUUAGUUUGACUACUUAAUCUUGCUUUGUUCGUGAUUCGAGGUUUGAUCAAAAUGGUUCUCAGAAAUAAGCACGAGCACAUCCUGCAUUUAAAGAUACGGCGCGAUGUCCCCGCAGAACGUGAGCCGGAUGCUGACGCCGCGGAACCCACAAAUCAACUUCGCCGGGACAAGGACGCCGCAGCCGUGGCAAAUGGUACAUCGCCAGCAGUCCUGGUCGCCAAAGCAAGUUCACCGCCAAAGUUCCACGAACGUCCAGUUCACCACCGGCGGGAUACAGGCCAGGGCGACCACUGUCGGUAGGGAGGUUUUUCUUGACUUUUUUCCUAAAGCGACUGCGUUUCUGUUUCUUGAUAUCGUUCGGAUGAAAUACGACUACAUGUUGAGGCGGAAGAGGACCAGCCAUAAAACUAGAAACACUACUGGUUCUUGACUUCAAUCAUGGACAAAAAUCAAAAGUUCCCGCGGCCGCUCGGGACCACCUCCACCGCCGUCUGCAAGUGGAUGUGGCAGGUACCAUCACGCCGGCGCCGAUGCUGCCGAGUUACGACAUCCUCCGCGGGGACACCAACCAGGCGAUCCGCACCACGACAAACCACCAGAGGUCGUUGAGCCCAGCGAAAUUUUUGGAACCAAGCACUGGGUCAGCAAAUUGCCAACGGUCCAGUUCCGCAAGUUCCUCCUCCUCUGCGUCCAACCGCAUUCGGAUCCAGCCGCCGCCGAGUAUGACCGCCGUGCAGAAGCCGACGAUCCUGGUUGCGCCGCCGGCGGGAGAGCACGGGCUUGGAGGUGGAGCAGCAGCGGCGUCAACAGCUUCAUCCGGGCCCGCGGUGAUAAAGACACUAGUAGAGCAGCAAGGGGGGACCGCGAAGAACUGUGAGGAGAAAACGAAAGCAGAUCUUGGUCAAGAAGUUGAAUUAUCGGGAGACGGCGUUGCAGCAGAAAGUAACUCCUCUGCAGUAAAAGUCGCACCAGCAACAUCUGGCGGUAUCAUCCCGAAUGCGAUCGGUCUAGCGACGACGCAGCCCGUGCCGAAGUUCACGGUCAAGCUUGGGCCGGACGGAAAUAAGACGGUAGUUCAGGAAGGUGGUGCUACGGGGGUAGCAGAGCAACAAGCCAGCACUUCCAACAAAGCCCAACGCGCGUCGUCCGUGAUUCGCGAUCGGUCUGUGAUUCGGGGCGCAGAUGCUACGAAUUCGCGGAGUGCAACAGUCGCACCGAAUUCGACGCUGAUCGCUCCACGGGGCGUGCAGAUGGCGUCCGGGGGCAUGCCGUUGUUUGGCGCAGGCUUGACAACAGCCAGCGGGGAGUCGAUAUACAACAGAACGAAAACCUUUUUUCCCGCCUCGCGAAUCAACACCAGCGCAGCGGCAGCAAGUAGUAGCCACCAGGGAUUUCAGGCAAAGAAGCAGAUGGAGACUGCUGCGAGUCUUAACACAGGUUCCGUCCUUGCGGGAACGAGCAACGCAACCCAGCCGCAAAGCGCUGGUAUCGCUAUCACGCCCGUGCAGGAGGAGAACCCGGCAAGCAGGGGUGUAAACGUCAACGCAAAUGUGAGCACGGCGGCGGUGGCGAACCGGGUGCACCGUGUGGGGCAGGCCGUCCCGUUUUUUAAACGGGUGUGGACCCAGCCAACUCCGUGGGGUUUGUCUGCCAAAGUCGGGCUUCCGCUUAUGACGGCGCGCGGCGGAGCGCCGUCGUCGGGCAAAAACACACCGGGGGAUGCCGCUACGGGGACACCGUUGGAGAAUUAAGCUUGAGGGUGCCUGUGGUUUGCGCGACACAGUGUAGCCAUUCCAGCUAUUUCGGAAUGUGCUGGCACAGAUUUCUCGUGGAGUUUCCCGGGCAGAAUUUCAUCUUCCCUUUGGUAGCGCUGAAAAGAACGUUUUUGAGAAUAGUCAGCUGAUAUUUUCCUGUUGCAAAAUUCAAGUUUCAAUUUGAACAUGUUGGAAAUUUGGACACUUUUGUAAUGCCUUCCUGCUAUUGAUCAUCGUGUACUAACUGGUAUUUUAAAUGUAGAAUUUUGAUAGGGACGCGGCGGAGGUGCAGCAUAAGGCUUGGAGUUUGAAGUUCAUGACUUUGAGAGCUUCAACAUCUCUACCCUGUAUCAGAAUUGGAGAACAUCUACGAAGAAUUUGUCGAACUGGACCAGAAAUCUUGUCAUAUUGAAAUGAAAUUGAAGACUCGUGAUGAAACAU